GAUCAGUUGAAUUUGAUAGACUGUUGAGAGUGGAAGAUACAUUUCUAGAAAGCAGUAUGCAGAACGUUGGAGCAUUACGUGGAAAAACACUCUUUAUUACUGGAGCGUCUCGGGGAAUCGGUAAGGCGAUUGCAUUGAAAGCUGCGCGAGAUGGUGCGAACAUUGUAGUAGCUGCAAAAACAGCUGAUCCACACCCCAAACUACCAGGAACUAUUUAUACAGCCGCAGAAGAAAUUGAAAAAGCUGGUGGUAAGGCAUUGGCAUGCGUUGUCGACGUACGCGAUGAGACACAAGUGCGAUCAGCGGUCCAGCAAGCAGUGCAGAAAUUCGGCGGAAUUGAUAUUUUGGUUAACAAUGCCAGCGCAAUAUCACUGACGUCAACAUUGAAUACCGACAUGAAACGAUACGAUCUAAUGAAUGGAAUUAACAGUAGAGGCACAUUUUUAGUUUCAAAAGAAUGUCUGCCUUAUAUAUUAAAGAGUAGUCAUGGACACAUUUUAAAUAUUUCCCCACCCCUUACACUAAACCCACGUUGGUUUGGAUCAAAUGUUGCCUAUACUAUAGCCAAAUAUGGUAUGUCAAUGUGUGUACUGGGUAUGGCAGAAGAGUUCAAGGCACAAGGGGUAGCUGUGAAUGCACUAUGGCCACGCACGAUUAUUCACACGGCCGCGAUUGAGAUGUUACGCGGUGCCGAGGGAGCUAAAUAUUCUCGUAAACCUGAGGUAAUGGCCGAUGCCGCAUAUGUAAUACUUUGCCGUGAUCCGCGAACCUGCACUGGUAACUUCUUCAUCGAUGAGGAAUUACUUACUGAUGUCGGAGUAAAUGAUUUCAAACACUACGCCUGCUAUCCAGAGAAUGCAAGUCAGCUAGAAUUGGACGGAUUUUUGCCAGAUAAAUACUACAAGUCCAUGCUAUAAUUGUCUUAUUCGUGUCGUGGUUUAUGUAAACAUCAUAUGUGUGUAGUAAAGAAGUUUCCAUCAAGCAAUAAACUGUUAAUAAGAAGUAAAAAAAUGUAUUGAUAAACAUGGGUGCACAAACUAACGGUUUUUAAAUAUUCUAUAGUAUGUUGAGCGCGAAGUACACUACUCAAGCGGUUUGUCAAACUAGGUUUUCAAAAAUUUCCGUUUGAUCAAGCUACUUGAGUAGCAUAUUAGCGGUUUUCGUGUUUGAUAAGCCGUUUGUAUUACAUAGAUUGUAAUUUUGUACAAUGGCCGUUCGACACUCGUUUGAAGAGAAAUAAAAAGUUUUCUCCAAAACUGUUAGUUUACUGGCCCUGGCUUGUUAAUAAUUUUUGGUUCAAACUAUUACCGCCUUAAA